AUUCUUUUUUUAAUAAAAACGUUGAUAAAAUGACGGUGAAUUGAUAUUUCUUCAGCGAAUUAUAGCUUCAGAUGAGCAACAUGACAAGUGAAAGCGAGGAGAGAAUAAUAUCAAGAGAUUGCAUCAGUUCACCAUCUAUUGAUGAAGUUAGCAAUGAAAGAAACAUGGUUGGAAAUGGCACCCUGAAAAAAGGUCCAUGGACUUCUGCCGAAGAUGCAAUUUUGGUGGAUUAUGUGAACAAGCAUGGAGAAGGGAACUGGAAUGCUGUUCAGAAGCAUUCUGGGCUUUCUCGUUGUGGUAAAAGCUGUCGAUUACGGUGGGCAAAUCACUUAAGACCCGAUCUUAAAAAAGGUGCAUUUACACCAGAGGAGGAACGCCGCAUAAUUGAACUCCAUGCUAAGAUGGGGAAUAAAUGGGCCCGCAUGGCUGUUGAGUUACCCGGACGCACAGAUAACGAAAUCAAGAAUUUUUGGAACACUAGAACCAAAAGAAGACAGCGUGCUGGAUUACCGAUUUACCCACCUGACAUUUGUAUGCAAACACUAAAUGAUGGUACACAUACCCACAACAUGGUCACAUUCACAAACGGAGAUGCGUCAAAUUCUGAAAUUUUGACAACUGACACAUUCCACAUUCCUGCCGUUGAGUUCAAGAAUUUGGAAUUAAAGCAUGAGUUAUAUGCACCAGGCAUGCUUGAUAUACCUGGAGGCAAUUUUCUUGAUAUUCCUGGAGGCAGUUUUCUUCCACGCGGGCCUGUACCAACGCGUCGUAGCAAUUUUCUGUUCCCGAUGCUGCAUCCUUCUAAACGGAUCAGGAGAUCUGAUGCAUAUGGUCUUCGUAAUUGUGGAGAUGGUGGUCUCGAUGAUCUUUUCCAGACAGUCGAUCAAUCCUUUGAGAUUUCUUCGUAUAAUGAAAACUGUAAUGGGAACAUCCCAUCAUCAUCUUCAUGCUUAUUUUCUGGCAGCCAUGCCUUUUUUAAUGGCAACACUUCUUCUUCUGAGCCCAUUUCAUGGGCCCAGAAGCUGGAGCUCCCUUCAACCCAAAUGGGUAGCUGUAACGCACCUUCUUCACCACUGCCUUCCCUUGAAUCUGUGGAUACGAUAUUUCAGUCAACUUUGAUUGGUCAAACAAAGUCAGAUUCUCCCUCGCACAGGGACAGUGGGUUAUUAGAAGCAGUGCUCUUACAAUCCCAAAAUUUGAAAAUGUCAAAGAGUAAUAAUAAUUCGAAUGCUUCACUUGCGCCUCGUGACAUUACCAACAGUUCGUCUCAGUCUCAGAAUAUGCAACAAGAUGACGACUGGGAAGUGUAUGGUGACCCCAUGUCUCCCUUGGGUCAUUCUGCUGCUUCUGUGUUUAGCGAAUAUACUCCUCAUAGAAGUGGAAGCUCACUGGAUGAGCAUCAGUCUAUUGAGACCAUUUCAGUUAAGCAAGAAGCAGAGGAAUCUGGUGUUAAGGAGUCAGACAGGGAAGAUCAAAAACCAAACCACAGAGAGUAUUUAAGACCCGAUUUUCUGCUUGGGUCAAACUGGUUUGGUUCAACUUCAGACGCUGACCAGAACAAAGAUCAUUAUGAGGUUAGCGACCCAAUUCGUGCACUUCUUGGAAAUGAUUUUUGCAGCGAUUCCAAGCACAAUUCUUGUUCACCAUUUGAUGGACACAAUGAGUCUGACAAAUGGGAUGACAUCUCUGAAAUCUGCAAAGGGUCAUCAAACCGUUGAAUACUUGUCUUUCAAAAGUUUUCUUGCAUGCUAAAAGUGGGCAGUCUUGUUUUGAUUUGAAAUGACUAUUUGGUGAACCCCCUUGUGAGAUACUUAUUCCGUUAAAUGUUGUGGUUUAAGAGGUGAGUCUAGGAUUUGUGACUCAUUUUCAUGGCGCUGGACCUUGGAUCCUUUGCAUUUAGUACCUUGAUUGGUUCAAUUUCCACUGCUUUGUGAUGUUAAAGACUGAUUUUCAUAUAUUUUCACUAAAUAUUGUUGAAUAAUGUGUAACAUUGUAAUUGGAAGAAUUUUACAUUGACCCCCUUCGAGUGGAAAA